AUGAAAACUUUGGAUUAUACUUGUUAUGAAUUAGGGCAUACAUGGGACCCUUAUUGCACAACUGCAGCUCUCAAUGUCGGCAAGACUGUUUUUCGCGAAGCUUUGAAAAUGUAUGGCUCUCUAUAUUUGGUUGCUGCCCUGGUUAAAAAGAGAGGGAAAGAUUAUUAUUUAAAGAAAUUUCUACCAGAGACACUGAGAUCUAGUUUAUUUCUGGCUGCCAAUGGUGGUUUAUUUGUAGCUUCCUUUUGUUUCUGGAGGAAGGUUUUUGGUAGAACUUGUUAUUUCACUGUUGGCUAUCUUCCCACCUUGACAGCAGCCUUGAUAGCAAUAUUAAUUGAACGAAAAUCCAGGUAUGAUCACUUUUAUUUCAUAAACAUAAGCAGACACGAUACAGAGACCUAA